CCACCCCUUAUUCCGAGGGGGGACUGAUGUGUUGAUUUUCAGCAUGAUUUUUUUUUCGGGGGGUGCUCAUCCAACGAGAGGGAUGCCCGUGAUCUUACGGCGCCCGCACAGUACUGCACGGUACGAAAUCGUCGAAAAUUACACUCGCCAGGUAAGACGAGCGAGUGUUUUUCGAGUAUAAAAGUGAAGCUACGGUUUGAUUUGAAUAUCAUUCCACCAACGAACACGGUUCGGUUCGUUUAGAUAGGGUCGUCAAAGCAGCUGUUGUGAACCGAGUGUGCAGGACCUCAGUCAUCGGACUGUCGAAACAGACAGGGACUCACAUCACACGACUCCCUAAGCACGUCCAGUACGUCUCCAGUGAAGGUUUUUACUUUGUUGGAACAGAGCAGAUUCUAGCAGUAGAAUGAUGGUCUUCCAUCGCAAUGGGCUGACCGCCCUCGUGGUGGUAUGCUGUGCCGUCCUUGUGCCAGCCCGCGCAUCGACCAGUUUGGCUAAGCGUGAAGCGCCUCUGCCACCGAGCGGAAGCUAUCUGCCACCGUCGGGCGGUGGUGGUGGUGGUGGUGGAUAUCCGGCGGCACAGACUCCUUCUUCAAGCUAUGGUGCUCCGAAUGGCAAUGGUAAUGGAGGCCGUGGUCACUCCAACGGUGGCGGCCAAUCGUUCGGUGCUCCUUCGGCUCCGUCUCAGUCGUACGGUGCUCCUUCGGCUCCGUCUCAGUCGUACGGCGCUCCUUCGGCGCCGUCUCAGUCUUACGGUGCGCCCAGCUUCGGAGGACAAUCCUCGGGUGGUUUCGGUGGACACAGCUCGGGUGGAUUCGGUGGACACGGUGGAAAUGGCAAUGGAAACGGUAACGGUUACUCGAGCGGACGCCCGUCGAGCCAGUACGGUGCUCCACAGCAACAGCAGCAGCAAUCGUUCCGUCCACCAUCCACAAGCUACGGAGUUCCUGCCGCACCCUCUCAGUCUUAUGGCGCUCCAUCGCAGCAGCAGGGCAACGGUGGCAAUGGAUACUCUAGCGGACGUCCAUCGACUCAAUACGGUGCUCCUUCGCAGUCGCAGAAUGGAAACGGCUUCGGAAGCCGUCCCUCGUCCAGCUAUGGUGCUCCGAGCCGUCCAUCGUCCCAAUACGGUGCUCCGUCAGGUGGAAACGGCAACGGAUACGCUGGUAAUGGAAACGGACGUAGCUACAGCAAUGGUAACGGACAUGGAAACGGUCAUAGCAAUGGCAAUGGCAACGGUAACAAUGGAUAUUCGCGUGGACCAUCUCGCCAGCCGUCGCAGCAGUAUGGAGCUCCGGCUCAGACUCCCUCGUCCCAAUAUGGAGCCCCAGCUCAAACUCCGUCUAGCCAGUAUGGUGCCCCUGCACAGGCUCCAUCUAGCCAGUAUGGUGCUCCAGCUCAGACUCCUUCUUCUCAGUACGGUGCUCCGGCUCAGACUCCCUCAUCCCAGUACGGAGCUCCAGCUCAGGCUCCAUCUAGCCAAUAUGGAGCACCUGCUCCAUCUCGCCCAUCGCAGCAGUAUGGAGCUCCUGCUCAAGCCCCAUCAUCUCAAUACGGAGCUCCAGCCCAGGCCCCGUCAUCUCAGUAUGGAGCCCCAGCUCAGACCCCAUCCAGCCAGUACGGAGCCCCUGCUCAGACCCCGUCCAGCCAGUAUGGAGCCCCGGCACAGACCCCAUCCAGCCAAUACGGAGCACCUGCUCAGCAGCCUUCUAGCCAGUAUGGAGCACCUGCUCCAUCGCGUCCCUCGCAGCAAUAUGGAGCCCCAGCUCAGCAGCCUUCCAGUCAGUAUGGAGCACCUGCUCCAUCGCGUCCGUCGCAGCAAUAUGGAGCGCCUGCUCAGCAGCCUUCCAGUCAGUAUGGAGCACCCGCUCAGACCCCAUCUUCUCAGUACGGAGCCCCAGCUCAGGCUCCGUCCAGCCAAUACGGAGCACCCGCUCCAUCGCGCCCAUCGCAGCAAUAUGGAGCUCCGGCUCAGGCUCCUUCAUCUCAGUAUGGAGCCCCAGCUCAAACCCCAUCUUCUCAGUACGGAGCCCCAGCUCAGGCUCCGUCCAGCCAAUACGGAGCACCAGCUCAGCAACCUUCCAGCCAGUACGGUGCCCCAAGCUUCGGAUCAUCCAAUGGUGGCUCUUUCGGCGGCAAUGGUGGUAACGUUGGUGGUAGCUACCAGGUAAGCUCAAACGGCAACGGAUUCUCGCAGGCUUCCUUCUCGGCCAGUAGCUUCUCCUCGAACGGACGCUCGUCCCAGUCGGGCGGUGGAUUCAGCUCCGGUGGUCCGUCGCACUCUGGUGGUGGCUAUAGUUCCGGUGGUCCAUCGCAGGUUCCCGCUACUCUACCGCAGUCGUACUCAUCCAAUGGUGGCUACAACUACUAAAGCAAGCAAGAGAAGAAGAACAAAAGACAGUACCAGCACUAGUACCCCAUGACCCCCACUGCCAAUCCCACAUGGACACGCAAAACGGAACCUGAACGGAGCAUACUGCAAAUACGUGCCUUAUUUAAGAUAAAUUAUAAUUUUACCCACCUGUGUUCUUCCACACCUUGGUUUGCUGGCAGCGGACGAAUCACGGAUUGUCGUCCAAACUUGGGUUUCCUCUUUGGCGAUCGAAUGUGAUUGAAUGCGACGAGCUGUCAGAGGAUAGUGAACGAUUUAAAUAUGACAUGUUAGGAUCCCAAAAUUCGCAAAUCAUUAUCACGGAGUGAGUGCGGCGGGUUGUACCAUUUACUUAAAUUAUUACAUCUUGUUCAAUGUUGACUUCAUUUUUAAAAACGUUUUACAUACGCAUCCGCCACUCUGACGAGCGGCGGAUUGUUAGUGCUAUUGAAUGAAAGUGCGGAUGAAACUGCGACACGGUCCCAAACCAAUGAUCAGCUGCAGCUAUACGAGACAAAACCAUCCUCCAUGCAAAUUCCGGAACCACACUUACCGAUCACUACGUACACGACGAACAAAACAGCGUAGAAAAGACAUCCGCACGAAGUUUACCCAAAAUUUUUGUCACACAAAAUUGUGGAGUAAGCUUUAUGCAUGUUGGAGGAAGACUUUCGGGGACACUGUUUUAGGAAGUGUGCGUGUGUGUGAACGUGUUGCAUUUUUGGAUGGAAACGUAUUGUCUGGGAUAGGGCAACGAUAGGAGUUUGCAACCGUGGAAUGAAAAACGAUACCGAUGUAUAAGCAAGCGAUAACAAAAGGCUAUGGCAGGCCUUCGAACGAAAUAAAAUGUAAUCAUCGUUUGACUUUUUUCCUCAAAAAAAAAAACA